AUUAAAUUACUUGUUGAAGCAAGUAAACAACACAUCACAUGCAUCUAUGUGAUUCAUUGGGUUUAAGUAAUGAAUAUGAAUAUUAUCUUAAUGGAUUAAGUAAUGUUGUCUGUUUGUUUCAGCAAUAUAUAUUACAUAAAUGAUAAUCUGGACAAGAGGACUUGGACAUACAUAUUCGAAGCAUGUUGUGCAACCACUGUCUUUAUUCCUUCAUUUCACAACUACAGAAUCUGGUCCUUUUUGGGUCUUGUUAUGACCACUUACACUGCUUGGUAUCUAACAAUUGCUGCAAUCCUUCACGGUCAGAUGGAAGGAGUUAAGCACUCGGGUCCAAAUAAAAUGGUGCUAUAUUUUACUGGGGCCACAAACAUUCUCUACACAUUUGGGGGCCAUGCCGUUACUGUGGAAAUCAUGCACGCUAUGUGGAAGCCACAAAAGUUCAAAGCCAUAUAUUUAAUGGCUACCCUUUAUGUUCUGACACUGACCCUUCCAUCAGCAGCAGCAGUUUAUUAGGCAUUUGGUGACAUGCU